GGGCGGAGUGUGGACCCAUUGAGGUCAUCCCUAGGGUGGAAGUAGAGCGCAUGGUUAAAAUGCUGGCUAACAUUCCGGGCCCGGCAUCGAGGUUACCAUUAAUUGGCAAUUUGGAUAUGAUCUGGCACAAUUGCAACACUGAAUACGCUGUUGUCGACUAUGUAAUAAAAGGCCUGGCUAAGUUAUAUAGAAAA